GGCUUCGGGUGUCUUCCGGUGUGACGCCAACAAUAGUGUCGGUCAAGUCAGAGAGAAUCGCACAUUGUAUCAUGUCCUCCCAGGAAAACCUCUAUUGAAGGAAGUGGUCUAGAUAUCCCAAUCACAAGUGGUAAAGGAGAGAUCGUGUUUAGAAUGACUGCCUACCCGACACCAGGGAUCAAGAACAUUACUUAUCUUGGCGCAAAUGAAACCGAUGAUGGUCGUCCUGUGCAAGAAAAUUUUGUACAAAUGGAAUGUUCUGCCAGUCCUUUAGCUCCAGCUGCAGUCUCCUGCAAAAUAAGAGUUGUUAAUUUAACACCCAGUCACCGAGGGUUUUACAGAGUUAUUUUCACCAACAGUUUUGGAGAGUUGCCUUUUGUCUUUUUUGUCAAAGAUCUUACUGACCAAGAACAGCAUGCUAAAGUACAAGACUAUAGCAUUCCAUCAGUUGCUGGAGGAAUUUCCGCUGGGUUUUUAGCACUUGUCCUCAUAACUAUUACAGUUAUUUUAUGGCGACGCUGGAGAAGUAAAAGGAACGAUAGGAGUAGGGAGGAAAACCAAGCAAGUGCCAACAUAUCUAACCAAAGUCUCACCAAUGUCACCAUACAAAAAACCAGUACGACAGAGGGACAAGAAACAGCGCCAUAUGAUGAGUUACAACUGGAAGACGUAGGAAUGAGCUCUCACUACGAAAAGUUGCAACAAGACAUCGACCCCUCGAAAGUGGUGUCUCAAAGUUCGCCUGCUAAUAAAACAUACGAAUCCCUUGAUUCUACCGACAUUGAACCAGCAUAUUACGAUCAGCUUACCAAUUCUCAAAACAUACGAAACCUCAAAUAUAAAGGUAUCCUAAAAUAACCUAUCACUAGAUAAUUU